AUGACUCGAUCGAUGGAAGAGCAGUUCGACCAGCAGCCCGACCGGGUCUCAACUACCACCGAGAAGCCCUCCGUGGUCGAGGAAGAUGGGACUCAUUUACCAACGGGGACUCGGCUGCUAGCUAUUAUUGUUUCUAUUCUGUUUGCUAUGUUUUUGGUUGCAUUGGACCGCACCAUCAUCGCCACAGCAGUUCCCCGAAUUGCAACCCAGUUCAAUGCCCUUGACGACCUAAGUUGGUACGCAAGCGCGUAUCUCCUGACGAGUUGCGCUACCCAGCUAUCCUGGGGCAAGGUGUACACCUUCUACUCGACCAAGACCAUAUUUCUUGUCGCGAUCCUUAUUUUUGAAGUUGGAUCGGCGGUCUGCGGCGGCGCCCCAAAUUCCAAAGCCUUCAUCGUCGGACGCGCGAUAGCAGGUAUUGGAUCGGCGGGCAUAUUUUCGGGUGCGACGGUUAUAAUCGCACAGAUAGUGCCGCUGGCCAAACGGCCCAUGUACGUCGGGCUGAUGGGUUCAAUUUUUGGGCUUUCGUCAAUCAUCGGACCUCUGAUGGGUGGUGCGUUCACAGACAACGUAACAUGGCGCUGGUGCUUCUACAUCAACCUUCCUAUCGGUGGUUUCACCAUGGUCAUCUUGUUCCUUUUCCUGGCUGUCCCCCACAAACCCCAACCGUGCACCUGGAAGAAACACAUCCUGCGCCUCGAUCCCCUGGGUAGCGUGCUCUUCCUCCCCUCUGUCAUUUGCCUCCUGCUCGCCCUACAGUGGGGAGGCACAACCUAUCCCUGGAGCAACGGACGCAUCAUCGCGCUGUUUAUCGUCUCAGGAAUCCUGAUAAUCGGCUUUGUUGGCGUGCAGAUCUGGUUGAAGAAGGACGCAACAGUGCCGCCUCAUAUAUUCAACCAGCGCAGCAUCAUCAGCGGUGUAGUCUUUUCCCUGUGUGUGGGUGGAGGGCUAAUAUCCAUGCUAUACACACUCCCACUCUGGUUCCAGGGUGUGCGCGGCACAUCAGCUGUGAAAUCUGGCAUCGACACGAUCCCCAUGGUGCUGGCGCUUGUUGUCGGAGCCAUCCUCUCCGGCUCAAUCAUCACUGCGACAGGAUACUACGUUCCGUGGAUGUUCAUUGCGGCUAUAUUCAUGGCUACGGGUGCUGGGUUGAUGACGACCUUCAAGAUGGACACCAACCACGCCGCCUGGAUCGGGUACCAGGUACUGUUUGGUCUCGGUAUUGGUACGGGAAUGCAGCAGCCCUCCAUGGCGGCGCAGACCAUUCUCCCUAUGGGUGAGGUAGCCAUUGGUAUCUCACUCAUGUUUUUCGCACAGUCUCUCGGUGGAGCUAUCUUUAUCGCUGUCGCUCAGUCGCUCUUCCAGAAUUAUCUCAGCGCAAACCUACCCCACAUCCAGGGCAUUGAUGUGGCCAAGAUUAUGGCGGCUGGGGCAACGGGCCUCUCUGAUGCUGUCCCGGUGACCAAGUUGACCGAAGUUCUGGCCUUAUACAAUGAUGGCCUCCGGCGGUCAUUUAUUGUUGCCGUGGCGGUGUCCUGUCUGAUGAUUCUCCCCGCGCUUACGAUGGAAUGGAGGUCAAUCAAGAAAGAGAAGUCGCCUUCCACGGCUGUUUGA